AAUAUUGUAUUAUGAUUUUUUAAUCUGUGUAGUUUUUUUUUAUUAAAACCAAUAUCUGGAUAAAAUUUCAUGUCAAUUUUUACACCACUGAAACUGUUCAAUUAAAAAAAAAUCACAAGUUGAAUAAUUAGGAAUAAGUGAGGAAGUGAAAAACUUCCAGGAAAUAUAAAUAUAAUCUAUUCUAUGGUAUUUGCAUACAUAAUUGUUAUGUUAAUUAUACUAAGAAGUUCAGUUUAAUCCAUUCUGGGACAGUUUACCGUAACCUGACUUUUGCUCUAAUCCCCGAAAUACGGUUAUAAAGGAGAACAUGGGCGCAUGUCAGAAACAAUACUGGAUUUGGUCUGAUUUUUGGUUCUCACAGGUUCCCACUCUCUGUGCUCGGUGGCGACGUUCAUCAUAGGAAACUCUCCUUUCCCUGAAUUCAUCGUCCUGAUAAUGCUGGAUGAUAUAAUAGUGUCCUACUAUGAUUCAGAUAAACAAACGACAGUUAUGAGAGUAAACAGAGCCAUAAAUGAUGAAGAGCAAGAAUUUUCUAAAAUGAUCUUUGGAGCACUGUAUGAAGAAAUGAGGGCACGUGCGUAUCUUCUUAAGGAGCACUUUAACUGCUCUGAAGGUGUUCAUGUGGAACAAAGGCUGGAAUGUUGCAAGUUGCUGGACAACAACAUGCAAGGAGAAAUGAAGAUGAUUGAUGCUUUCGAUGGCUUGAGUGGAUUUGAGAUGGAUUAUAACAUACACCAGCAUUCACUCCACACCGAUGUACAAUGGCCAUUAAGCUUUGGCACGAUAAAAUACGAAUAUGCCAAGGCACUUUAUCUUCAUUUUCUGCAGCCGUUAUGCAGCAAAGCUUUAAACAUAUUACUAAAAGAUUUAAGAAAUUAUGCACUGAGGAAAGUGAAGCCCAGACUUAGACUUUUGAAACAACUCAACUCACAAUCCGGAGCUUUUCGUCUGACCUGCCUGGCUACCGGUUUUUACCCACGACACGUUAAUGUGAUGCUGCUGAAGGACAACCAAAGCAUGCCCGAGCACCUUUUCACUGUGCAAGGACCUUUGCCCAAUGCAGAUGGAACCUAUCAAAUUAGAAAGACUAUAGAGAUCAGUGAGGAUGAGCUUCAACAGCAACACAACUUCACCUGCAUGGCUACACACCUCAGCCAGGACAACAAGAUGGAUGUUUACUGGGAAAUGCUGAUCACAGAUAGCAGACCAGGUCCGAAUGUUACUCUCAUCAUCAUCAUUGUACUAUUUAUGUGUGUGAUCACACCAACAGCUGCCUUACUGUUAUGGAAGAGAAGGUGUGCAGUUUCUCAACCAUCCUCUCAGACGGACUACUCUACUGCCUCGAGCACGGAGGAAGAGACCUGUGUAAAGUAGGAUGAAGCUGUAUGGAACACUAUAUAUAACCUGAAAAUGAAGUUUUGAAUUGUUUAUAAAUAUACAUUUUUUACUUUUUUAAUAGAUCAAGUAACUCUGGGUGGAUUCAUGUACAGUGCCUUGAAAGUAUUUUAUCUUGUUUAUUCUUUUUCUCAUUAUUAUUUUACACAGAAUUAGAUUAAAGGAUAAAUAAAUUCACAUUUUUGCUCAUUUGUGGACUAAAUUUGCACUAGGACAUAGUCCAUGUAUUUUGGUUGCAUCCUACUUUUUUACCUUAAGCUGUUUUGCACUUGCGUCCCCCAGUAUUUGGUGGAUUAUGAUUUCUGCAGCAUUUCGUGCACUAAUACUUUACAGUAUUGUUUGGUUUACUUUGUCCUGUGAGCCCCCUCACCAUGUCAGACUGCUUGCGUCUGUACUGUACGUAAUCCUGAGCUAGCAAUGACUUAGUCUCAUCCCACUUGUUCUCACAGACACCAGGACGUGUAUGAAAGAAAUCCAGUUUAAGGACAGAGAGAAUGCAUAUAUAUACUGUAGAUGUCUGUGAUGACUAUUAGACUAUUGCGUUGCAUAUCAGUACACGAUGAGCUAUAAAAACAUGGUUCUUGUACUGUUCUUGGUAUAUAUGUAAGCAUCUAUCAUAAAGAUAUGACAGUCACAGCAUGACAAUAUACAAAGAAAUAUAAAAAGAACAAGUCACACAAAUUAAGUAAAUUACUCCUGGUGGAAUAACUUGAAUAAGUGAUUUUAAAAAGAACAACAUGUAUAACAUUUUAUGAAAAGAAUUAAUCAGGAUAAUAAGCUUCAGGCAUCAGUGGAUCAGGACAGUUUUUAGAUUGGAAAUGGCAUGGUGAUGCUGCAUUGCAUCUAGACUGAUGUGUUGCUUUAAGUGAUAAUAAAGUUU